AUGGGUGUUCGAUCGGCCUCAAUAGCACCAGGCCCAUCCAUUCACCGUCCCCUCAAGAGCCAUGUACACGAUCCGCUGAGACGAAAGGUCCGUCCAGGCCCAGCAUCUCUGAUUUGUUAUGGCCUCGAGUUUACUCUGAUCUCACUGAUAUUCACUGCCAAGUUGGACCAACUUCAGAUCUCUUCGGAAGAGUACUUCAUAACCCUGGACAUGUACGUGCCGUGGGCUGUGAUGCAGAUUCUCCCGUCAAUUGCUCAAUCAUCCAAACUCAUAGCUGGCGGGUCACUUAUUCUACACGGUAUUGGAGUCAACCGACGAGUCGUGAGUUUUACGUUUAUUAGUAUGGUCCUUUCAACGCGUGUUAGUACUUAUACUAAGGAACUAACAUAAACUUCACAUUAUUUCAGACCAGGAUAACAUUCCCUGAGAUUCUGGCAUUUGGUGGCUGGUUUCUCCUGUUACCUUUGUCACUAUUCUUUGGCGAAUCAGAUGUUAUUCUUCUGGAGUUUAUGAUGAGCUGUUUUCUCCUCCCUCUCACAUUAUUCAACCUGAUCACCAAAAGAAAACGCCUUCACAGGAAAAAGCCCAACACUUUUCACAGUGCCUUCUCUGUAGCCUCGACGCCCACUUCUCAAUGUAGCUCAGCAUACCUAUCUACAUCACGUAUCUCAAAUAUGAAUGUCAGUCAGGUCAACAGGUCUCGGCAAGACAAUCUCUUUGAAGAUUCAAUGAUGGACACGAGCCCGAUUCGGCCGAUGGAGCGGGAAAUGACACCUUUUUCGGAAAUCAGUGGUCGAUUAGACAGCUUAUCACUGGGCUUUGGAUUUGGCUCUAAUAAGGAUUUGGUGAGGGACAACAGGUCAUCAAUGUUGAGCAAAGGAGCUCUGACACCGUCCAAAGUUUCGAAGAAUGGUGGAAGUCCGUUCAAGUCGUUUGGUGGAAACAUUGAACCGGUAGGUUUAAAUUUUGAAGAAUAUUGCUUGUUGAACAUGAGCUGAAUUGUUUUAAAUUUUCAUAUAACUGCCAACUCCAUUUUUCAGCUUUGGUCAGGCCGCAAUUUCUCAUCAUCUCCACCGAAGCCGGCCUUCUACAGUUUAACUAAAACUCAGUCUCUCAUCAACCAGCCGAGCCAGCCGUUUGGACUAACCAAAAGACGUCUAGACUUCAACACUUUUUCUACCCAAACCACUCCAGCUCCAGCGUUCUCAAUCCAGUCGGCUCCAGUUUGGAAAAGCCGGCUUCGCUCAGCUGCUACCGCCAGUACAUGCUCAUCUACGUCGACUCGUCGCGAUCUCACCAAACCCAAGAGCAACAGAAUCUCCUUCAAGCAGGCGCUGAUUGGAUGUCUGGCGGCGGUCGGCGGAGUUUACGUGAUCAAAAUGAUGUUGGAUCUUGCUCAAUCGUUUGCCUGA